CUGUAGUUAUUAGUCAUGUUUGAGUUCUCAAACAUCCCGCGUUGCAAAUAUAAACGAUUGUCGUUAACAAUAAUGUCAUCCCAGUUUAAUCCCGAUGAACUGGAGGCUCUCGAAUGGCUAAACACGGAAUAUUUUACGCAAAUAUUAAUCAAGUAUGAGAAUGCGCCGGAGUUAAUAAUAAAUAAUCUUAAGUUGUCGCCGGCAAGUGCACAAGGCGAUCACUAUGCAAGUGUUAUGUUUCGGGCUUUUGUGGAGUAUACAACUUCCAAUGGAUCGUGUUCAAAAUCUUUAAUCCUCAAGACAAUGCCCGAGCAAGGCGGCCGAAAAAAAGAAAUGGUCGAUGAUUCACACAUAUUCCACACUGAAAUUGCCAUGUACACCGAGGUGUUACCCAAAUUUGAGGCAAUACUGCGAAGCGUAGGAGACAUUACUAGUUUAAAUGUGCCGUGCAUUUAUCAUAGCUUGGAGCCAAGGCAAGUGAUGGUGUUUGAUGAUUUGGUUCCUCAGGGUUAUCAAGUGAUACGUGACAGAUCCGCCAACAUAGAAGAGAUUAAUGCUGCACUCGAGAAAUUGGCCAAGUGGCAUGCAAUUAGUCAAAAAAUGAUAACGGAAGAACCUCAAUUAUUCGAUAACUUGCGGUAUAAUCUAUCUACCCUUCCCAACUUUCUGAAUCAAAGUUUUCUCACGAGCGCUCUACCAAACUUUAUAUACAUGCUAAAUGAGGUGGAAAGCUUACAAAAGUAUAAAAAGCACUUUGAAGCGAUGCGAGGCCACUUGAUUCAACGAUGGGCGGAUUCUUUGGGAGAGUAUCGCAAAAAUCCUCAAAAGAAUGCAUAUUAUGUCCUAUGUCAUGGCGACUUUCACAUAAGGAACUUAAUGUUCAAGAAUAACAGCUGCAUGUUUAUAGACUUUCAACUUUCCCAUGUGGGGCCUUUGGUCAAUGAUUUCCUUUAUGCAAUGUACAUGUUUUUUGGCCCUGAUGAGCGUGGUAAGCUUCGUGAUGAAUUGAUAUCGCAUUAUUUAAAGACUUUUGCCGAUACUUUACAAAAAAUUGGUAGUGUGAAAAAGGGACCCAGUUUUCAAGAGUUCCUGAGUCAGCUGAUUGAUAAUAAAUACAAUGAACUUAUGCUUCUCACAACCUUUCUGCCUAUUCAAAUUGCAUCGCGAAAGAACGCCAUUGACCCGUUUCGUCGACGAACCAGCAUGUAUAAGGAUAAGGAUUAUCAGGACGAGGUGGAAUUUCAUCUAGAGCGAAUGCAAAAGAUGGGAUACUUUAAUGGUGAUUAAGUUGCCAUUAUUAUGUAAGAACCGCGAUUAAAAAUAUUGCGUGUAUUUCUCUAAAAGGAAACUAUUAAAUUAUUUACAAAUAGUAGCUAACAUAUUGCAUUUAUUAUAUACCGAUAUUUAAGAACAUGAAUUAUUUUAACAAGAAAUAAGUAUUUAUAAUAUAUUCGACAUAAUAAAUUUAGUAAAUAUG